AUGCAGAAGCUACGAGUGCCCUCCUCCCUGCACCAAUCCAAAGGCUCUUGCACCAACGAUCUCGAACCGGCUCAGCAGCAGCUACGGUGGUGUCAUCUUACCUCAAAAAUUGAUCAGGACACCCAGCCUCCUAAGCCCAAGCACCCACUUGCCAAAUGA